GAAACAGAGUACUUCUACACUGUGGUAUUGAUUAUUUUCCUUAAGUACACAAUCAGAGUUCUUUAUUAUCUUCAUCAAUGUGUCUUUUUGUCUAUCUGGUCAAAGGCCUACACACACAUGGAGCAUGGUAAGCUUACUGCCGUAAAAAAGAAAAGCCAGAUUCCUGAGUAAUAUGUUUCCAGGAGCAUGGAGGAGAGUGCUUAAAUGAGCCUGUUAAGAAGGGGGUGAGUAUAUAAAGGCUAACUGGGACAAGCUGACUCUCAGACCGGUGGAACUCUGCUCAUCUUAAAGCACACUUCCUUAAACAACUGUCCAAAGCUGACACAGCCCGACGGAGCAGAAUGAGCAUGCGUGGAGCAGUGGCUGGUUGCUUGGUGUUGGCGUGCCUGGUGAUGCUGCUGGCUGAGAGGACAGAGGGACACAUCACCUUCUUCAGUCCAAAGGAGAUGAUGCUGAUGAAGGAGAGAGAAGGUAGAAAGGACACGGAGCCUCGAUUGAAUGGUCAGUUUGAAGAGGAUAGAGUCCAACAGCUUCUUCGGGUGGAACAUGGUGAAAAUCCUGAUAAAACAGUGGAGAUUGGUGUCCGACUUUCACCCAAACAGCUAGAUCGUGUGGCUCCGGUGCUCAAAGAGAUCAUCCAUGAGAUAGUGGAGGAACAUCAGAAAGCCAAGUAGCGAAGCCGAAGACACCAUGUGAUGAACACUGUACAAAUUCUUCAAAAAGCACUGAAUGCCAAAUGUUUUAUUGCGUUUUAAUUAAUCAGGAAAUAAAGAGAAGUGAUUGUGCCACUUA